GGACGGCAGGAAAACGUAUGUGAAACGCAGCGGCGAUUGCGGGGAGCGUUAGUCAGCAGCUGAGAAGUGAUGUUCCGUAGUAACGUGGCCUGUCCUAACGGAGAGCAACUUAAGACGCUGCUGCCCGUGUGUUAGAAAUCAAUGUGAGAUUUCUCAAUUUGAGAAAGCGAAGCGAUUUCUCAGUUUGAGGAAACCUUCUCAGAAAGGUCUUCCAUCCUCAGCGAAGUCUCCACACGGUCCAGAUCGAAGCUGCCAUCGGGCAAGAACAUCCUCGUUUUUGGUGACGAUGGUUCAGGUAAAACCACGCUCAUGGCCAAAAUACAGGGAGCAGAGCAUGGCAAGAAAGGCAGAGGACUGGAAUACCUGUACCUGAAUAUCCACGACGAGGACAGAGAUGACCACACUCGCUGCAACGUUUGGAUCCUGGAUGGGGACCUGUACCACAAAGGGCUGCUGAAGUUUGCAGUGUCUGCAGAGUCCCUGCAGGACACCCUGGUGGUGUUUGUGGCAGACAUGUCGAGACCUUGGACUGUUAUGGAGUCUCUACAGAAAUGGGCCAGUGUCUUGCAAGAACACAUUGAUAAGAUGAAGAUUCCUCCAGAAGAGAUGAGGCACAUGGAGCAGAAGUUCAUAAAGGAGUUCCAGGAGUAUGUAGAACCUGAAGAAGGCUACCAGGGGUCCCCCCAGAGGAGAGGUCCUUCUUCUGGCCAGGAGGAUGAACACGUUUCCCUGCCCCUCGGAGAAAAUGUGCUGACCCACAACCUGGGCAUUCCUGUGCUGGUGGUGUGUACAAAAUGUGAUGCAGUGAGUGUACUGGAGAAGGAGCACGACUACAGGGAAGAACACUUCGACUUCAUCCAGUCACACAUCCGGAGAUUCUGCUUACAGUAUGGGGCUGCCUUGAUUUAUACAUCAGUUAAGGAGGAGAAGAACCUUGACCUGCUGUAUAAGUACAUUGUACAUAAAACAUACGGUUUUCAGUUUACCACACCUGCCUUAGUGGUAGAAAAGGAUGCAGUUUUUAUACCUGCUGGUUGGGACAACGAGAAGAAAAUUGCCAUUUUGCAUGAAAACUUCACAACAGUAAAACCAGAAGAUGCAUAUGAGGACUUCAUUGUAAAACCUCCUGUAAGAAAGUUAGUCCAUGACAAAGAGCUGGCAGCAGAAGAUGAGCAAGUGUUUCUUAUGAAGCAGCAGUCGUUCCUUGCCAAACAGCCGGCAACGCCUACGAGAGCAUCAGAAUCUCCUGCGAGAGGCCCUGCAGGAUCCCCAAGAACUCAAGGCAGAGCUGGUCCCACCAACGUCCCCAGUGCCUCACCAAUAACAUCAGUUAAGAAACCAGAUCCAAAUAUUAAAAAUAAUGCUGCAAGUGAAGGUGUCUUGGCUAGUUUCUUUAACAGCCUCUUGAGCAAAAAGACUGGCUCUCCUGGAAGUCCUGGGGCUGGAGGAGUGCAAAGCACAGCCAAGAAAUCAGGACAAAAGACAGUUUUGGCAAACGCUCAGGAGGAGCUGGACAGGAUCACUCGGAAGCCAGACCCCAUGGUAACAACAAACUCUCCUCCAACAGAGAAUGAAGCUUGAUAGCACGGCACAAACGCAUCUGUAAAUGACCAAAUAACUAUGUAUAGUGAUCUGAUAAGACCAGGAAUUUUCUGCUCUGGCAGAUGCUAUCAGUUUUCUCGGGGCAGGGGAAAUGAGCUUACUCCAUCAUUGCCUUGUCCCAGUCAAAAGUGCACAUUCAGGAAGUUUGCAUAUAAAACCCCUCUGUAUAAGAUAACCAUUUAGAGUUUCUAUAGGGCAAUUCUUUUGGUUGGGAGGUGAAGCAGGUGCAGCUGCAUUGCCUGUUGGGAAGAACACAGAGAAGCAAAGUGGAGAAUCCUUUUUUUAAAGUACUACUGACUGCACACGAGGCGAGGAGGAGAACUGAAACCUUCCUUCAGAGUUACUGGAAUUGGCUACUUGGAUGUUGGCAAAGGCAUUGUAUUCUGGGAGUGCUGGGGGUGGUGGUGGUGGAACAGCAUUAAUUGGGUGAAAAAAGCCUGGGGAGGGGAUGGACCCUGGAAGGGGAGGAGGAUUUGGGACAGCGAGAAACCAGAAUGUUGGAUUGACUGGAGAGGAGCAAUGUCGUUAAAUCCCGUGCCUCACACGGGGCACACAGCCACUGCUUUUAAAAGACUACUUUACAUUGGAGAAUUCCAGGCCAAACACUAAGAAACUGUGGGAAUUUAUUCUUGUUAUAAAGCUUGUUUUAGUUUUUAAAGAAGUCUUAAGAGUGUGGGUGCCCUUUCUGGUGUAGCUGACAAAGGGAGAAACUAAACUCGUUUAGCUCCAAGUGCCUGGCACAGCGUGUGAUGUGUCUUUAGAAGGUGCUUGAACUUAUUGUGCACUGUAGUACAAACAGUCACUGUUUGGUUUUAUUUGAAAAACAGUAGUUGGGCAAUUUGUAUUUAAUUUUAAAUCCUGUUUUCUGAUAGCUUCUGCCUUUUUUUAAUGCCAAGAGGCGAGCCUAUGAAGAGUGGUGGGUGACGGAUCAUGUUCCCAGAAUGAAAUGUGCUACAGAACACUCGCAGUCAUUUUUUUUCUUACUUUAUUUUGUAACUAAAUCUUAGCUACCAAGCUAAAUUUGAUUCCUGCCUUACACCUCUGGAGGUUUUU